GCAGUGCCUACUAGGCACGAAGCUGUCGAGACACAUUGCCGAUGUAACCAAAUGGCCGAGCGUGGGAAGACGGAUAUGAACAAGACCAUCCGCAUGAACGUCGCCCGAGCUGCAUACGUUACAAUUGUGGAGAAUGACAGCUACUCGCGCUUCGAGCGUACUCUGGCAAUGAUGGGCUUGGCCGGAGCAGCCAUCGGCGACCUUAACCACUCUCGCAAGUUCCUCCCUUCUUUCGCUAUUGCAAUGAGGGAGGAGCUUAUCGCACGACUCGCCUAUAUUUUCACAUCGCCCCAAGCGUGCUUUGGGAAUCGACCCAGUCCCUUCGGGGCCGCUACAGAUAAAGUGACUGUGUCCUGCAGGACCUUGCAACCAGCGUCUAUCUAUACCCUGGUCCGCGGGCGCAUACAACACUACUUGAUUGGUGCACCCCCAGCUACCAUUAAAACUGGUGCCGG